CAACACUAUUCACCUGUCUAGUUAAAAAAAAAAAAUUAAAAACGCGACUAAAAGAAAUUUAGGGAAGACAAGCACGACGGCGAUUGCUUCCUCCGAUCAGUCAUGCCAACUGGCGAUUGCUUCCAUUGUCAUCAGCCAGGUCACUGGGCCAACAACUGUCCUUUUAAAACCACUACGGAGCCCGCCUCCUCCGCUUCCCCGCCGGUCAUUCACUGCCCCUGCAACGGCGGACCUUGCAACAUUUUUACUUCUAAAACUGGGAAAAACCCAAACAGGAGAUUCUACAAAUGCCCAAUCCCAAGCUGUGGAUUUUUCAAAUGGUGUGAUGAAGUGAGUAUCAUCAAACCGGAGUCAAUCUCUGUUCACCCCACUUGCGCUUGUGGCGCUGGACCUUGUACAAGAGUAACAUUCAUCGAUGGACCAAAUGCUCAACGUUCUUACUUUGUUUGCUGCCUUAAGAAGAAUUUUGGGGCUUGUGGAUUCUUUCAGUGGGAGGAUGAUUUUCAAACUCAACCUCAACCUCAACCUGAACAAGUAGGGAAUGAUGGUUCUCCUUGUCCUACUUUGAUUGGACAUUCGGGUUUUGACUCUGUGGAUGAUGUUAGUUUGUUGUUACACGAGACUAGUUUGGAUUCUAAUGGUAAUGUAAAAAGGAGUAGACUUGGAGUGGUGGUUGAAACAGAUUUGAAUCCAAGUUCAUCUAAUGAGUCUACUCUUGGAAACAGAGUUGUUGGUAGAACUGCACAGCCUCUGAAAGAUAAUCUUCUAAUGAAUGCAGUCCCUAUGGGAAAAGAAUCAAUUCCGGUUUUUGCAGGUUUCAACAAUCGCAAACCGGUUUACAAUGGCGUAUCUGCCUCUGCAGAUGGCAGAAACCGAGGCACUGUCCCUUCAUUUGAUUUGAUUACAUUAUGUGAAGAUGCGGUUCACCUUGAGACGGACGAGCAAGUACUUCCUUCACUUGCCCCUACACACGUUGACCCUCAAGUAGAGUCUUUGCGUAGUGGUCUUUUCGGAUUCAACUGUAAAUCGAGUUAUGCAUCGGAGGACAAAACUGGUGUAUGUCAGAACACUAGCGAUUCAGUUUCGAAUGGCAAAACCAAUCCUAACCAUAAACAUCAACCAGAGCAUCAAUCUUAUGAAACCGGAGCCUCGUUUUCAGGUAGCUUCUCCUUGAUGGACCUCAUUGAGCAAUACAACUCAGAAAAGCUCCAUUUCAAGAGUGUUUCUUUGAAAUAUGUUGAUGCAUUGACUGCCUUUACGGGUUCGUACAAGCAAUUAGAGUCACUUCGUGAUAGAGCACAUAGUCUCAAGAAAGAGCUACGAGAUGUAGAGAAACAGGUGAAGUUUUGCGAGGCCGAGACAUCUGAAUUUGCAAUGAGUCUUCGAGAAGUUUCUGGUGAAAUGGUGAAAUUGCAGAAAAAGAUGGUUGAGAAAAAAGACGGCAGGGAAAGUGGCUAAGGAAGAGAGAGUUAACAAGCAAAGGGGUUUCACAGAUCCGUAGAUAAGAAAAUGAAGAUGAGGAUGGACUUGAAUGUUUAUAUAAUAUGUACAACUAUAUCGACUGAAGAUGAUGUAUGGUUCUGUAAAACUUAUGUACUAUUAUUUAGGGCUAAGCAUUUUGUUAAUUUCGCACAAUAUUAUCCUACUUCUGUAGUCUUUGCUAUUUUCGAAGCAAUCAAAAAUAAUUAUGUCGUA